CCAUGAAGUCACAAGGCCAGGCAUUUGUGUGCAGUGCGGGGCAGGUGCCACAGGCAUCACUCCAGCAGCUGCAGGAGCAGCAGCAGUGUCAGCAGAGCCUGCACUGACAGUGCCAGCAGUGCCAGUGCCUGCAGUACCUGUAGUGCUUGCAGUGACAGUGACAGCAGUGAGCAGUGACAGUGCCAGCAGUGGCAGUUCCAGCAGUACCAGCUGUGUCAGCAGUAGUAGUGACAGCAUGGUGCAGGCGCGGUGGACCCUGGCCCUCAUCCUCCUCCUGGUGGUCCUGCCAGCCAGGGGUGUCGGGGCUGCUCCGUGGCGACCGUGGGCAGUGGCUCUGGAGCGUGAGCCUGUGGAUAAGGAGGCACCUCAGGAAGACCAUCAGGCAGUGCCAGUCCCUUGGGAAAACACUGGGACCGUUCAGCCAACAGGAGUGUCAGGUCCAGAGUAUCAAGACGGAAGGGGACAAUCUUCCCAGGACACAUCCAAAGUGCUACAUGAAAUCCUUGGACAGUUGAAGACGAUAGCACAAGGUGUGAACAGCCUCAGCCUCAACAGCGCCGUGGAUGGCAGAAGAUUCACCAGCACUGUGGUGGGCAGGGCAGACCCAAACCUUGUGGAUGGCAGGACAGACCCAAUUGCUGUGGUGGGCAGGGCAGAUCCAAAUGCUGUUGAUGGCAGGACAGACCCAAACACUGUGGAUGGCAGGACAGAUCCAAACGCUGUGGUGGGCAGGGCAGACCCAAACUCUGUGGGUGCUGAUACCUUCCAGACGUACUGCAUAGAAGGCAUCGUGGCUGUCCUGGGCUCAAUGCUGCUGGGGAUGGUGCUGUGUUGUGUAUUCCACUUGUGGAGGAAGAGGAGAAAGCGCCUCGCAGCUUCGAGAGCCGGCUCUGAGCGCCCCAACAGCCGGGCAGAAGCCAGCAGAAUAUUUGCAGGAGCGUUUAAAUAAAGAUCAGCAGCACAAUC